AUGUACAGAUCCGACAUCGGUCUCCAGACUCCGUAUGAACACACACCUCAGCCAGACAGCACCACAACCUACCCAACACUCCUGGAAGAGACAACCUGGGCGAAGAAGGUGUUUUCAACGAGCAUUAUGUAUUUACAUAAUACUCAGUUUGAAUUUUUCUUCACAUCUUGGAGCAUCUUGGAUGUGAGGUGCGAUCGAGCUAAAUCAGCCCCGUCGAGUGGCCCGAAGCGGUCGGGAGUCACCGCCCGACCACCCGAUGGGACACUCCGAGGGGCUGAUGGCGUUCGCAACCACUUGACCGGGGCCCAAGUUAUUCAAGGCAUUAUCAUGGCGACCCUUAAAACUCAUUUGAAGUCAGCUCGGGAUGCAAUUACUGCCAAAGACUGGGAGAAAGCCCUCGCGUCGGCCGAGGGGGCAUUGGCGAUCGACAACCAAUCGUAUAGCGCUUACGUGUUCUUGGGUGUAGCUCAGCUGAACUUGAAGAGAGUAUCCGAAUCUGAGGCUGCCUAUCGAGCAGCAAUCAAAAUCGAUCAAGUUCAGCCUCUCGCCUGGCAAGGCUUGAUUUCCCUGUACGAACAACAACAUGACAUCGAUCGGCUGAUCGCCGAUGCCCAGAGCCUAAUGCACAUUUGGAAAGAAAAGGGUGAAGCUGAGAAGCUUGGGUUGUUGAUGUUGAAGAUGAUCACUCUUCCUCAAAAAUCACGUAAGCAGUCUGUCGCUGUACUGUCUCUCGUCUUGGGCGACUCGCCAUUUCAUUCGUUACUAUCAACGCUUCCCGAACCGGAUCAUACCAAUCCCGAGGCAUCACCCCUUCUCAAACUUCAACUCAUGCUUGCCAACACAUUGCCGACGUUGCAUGAAAUAAUUGAAUUGGUUCAAACUGAACAGGACGAGACUAUCUCUCGCGAAAUCUCCAAAAGACGUACUCGAUUAACUUCGGUCCCUAAGACUGCCGCCCAAACUAGAGCGGAGGUUAUAAACGAAGUCUAUCCUUCAAGCCUACUUCCUCAAUAUUGGCAGCAAGUAUUAGAUCAUCCUCUCGCUGGCGAUGAAACCAGAAGAGAAGUCGAAGCAAAGUUGUUGGCGUUUUAUAUCGACUGGCUUGAAUCUUUACCCUCUCCAUUUGCCGAUGAAAUACCCAACUCAACCAAACGCAUCGAAACCGGCUCGACAGCCGAAUCACACGCUUCUUCCAGGCUAAAAAAACAGGAAGCUAAAGAUUCCAUUCGUCAUAAAAUCGAAGACUUGGCCCAAGGGCAAGCGAUUCUCAGAAUUUCCAAUCAGAAGGCUUGGGAUAUUGUACUUGAUUGGGGCGAAGUUCUGCCUGACGGCCAAUCAACGGAUUCCUAUGGCUUCCUAAAGAAUCUUCCCGAUGCAAUGCCUGACGCGCCCCUAUCGACCCUUGUGCGAGCCUUCCAGCAAAUUCAUAACGAAGCGGAAGAGGAAGAAGAUGUCGCCUUUGAGGAUCCGCUUGAGCAGAUUGAGCUUUCUUUUGAAGGGGCUCAAGACCACUCUAUAUUAUCCCAUGUCCUUGCUGCGUCGGUGUACUUCGACUUGAAAGAGUGGUCAACAGUCAUCCAAAUAGCCCAAGGAGGUCUCACCAAAUUGACCAAGCUGGAAAAAACAAUUGGGAAACGGCUACCAACUUUAAAACGACGGUUGACGAUUCACUUGGCUUGUGCUCUCACUUAUGAAAGCCCACCUGUUCACCAUUUACGUGCCACUCGCUACUUGGAUGCAAUCUUAUCGGAUGAACCGAACAACGGGCAUAUCUUGAUGGCCAAAGCGUGUGUCCUACGGCAUAGCAAACAGUGGAAGCUGGCUAACGAUUUUUACUCGCGUUCUCUUGAAGCUUUGCCUCACUUGACUUCUCAGGAACGGCUUGAGAUGCGAUUACAACAGGCUUGCUGCCUUUUUGAAAUCGGCAACAUAAACCUCGCGAUGCAGAAUCUGGAGCAAAUUGUUGAAGGCUGUGAAGAACUAGUUGAAGAGGAUGCAGAUAACCAAGAAGCUAGUCAUACUCUUGCUCAAACUUGGUAUCGUUUGGGAAGAUGUAAAUGGGCUCAGAGUCACCCAGAGGAUCAAAAUUGCGCAGGAUCUGAUGCUAGUGACCUCGAAGAAAUCAAGCAUGGCGCCUACACUUGUUUUAUCAAAUCAAUCAAAUGUGACACUUCGAUUGCUUCUUCCUUCACCUACCUUGGAUUAUAUUACGAUGAACAAAAUGAUCAUACUCGGUCUUCAAAAUGCUACCAAAGAGCUUUCGAACUGGACGCUACGCAGGAAGUCGCUGCUUUCAAAUUAGCGUCGGAGUUUGCGGAUAACAGACAAUGGGAUCUUGUUGCAGUUGUGACGAAGCGACUCCUUUUUGGAGGUGUCUCGGAAAAGAUUCAAUUCAACUCCGAAGAAGAUGGACCGACCAACUUGAUAAAUCUUGCGAGCUAUCAACAGCACGUCUGGGCGUGGAAGGCAGCUGGAGUUGUUGAGCUGAGCGAAGGGAAAUAUACCGCUGCAAUCAACACGUUUCAACGUGCUAUCCGAUGCUCUCCUAACGAUCAUCAAAUCAUGUUAAAAUUGGGGUUGGCUUACCAAGGCGCUGGAAAACACGUCGCCGCUCUUAAAUCUUUUAUUGCCGCUCGUCAGCUGAUCGACAAGUCAGUUGAAGAGACUUCGCCACCCGAUUCAGGAGGCUCCUCCGCUUGGUACGUAGAUUAUUGCAUUGGCGAUUCUCAGCGGCAACUCGGCCUCCUCGAACCUGCUAUCAAAAACUUGGGGAAAAUCGUCGAAAACCGACCCGAACAGCUCGGUGUCAAGGUCAUUUUGGCUGAGACGAAAUAUACCAUGGGCCUGAAGAAUUCUGAAAAGGGGGCUUUCGCUGAAGCUGAAUGUGAACUGACUCAAUGCCUGGAUAUUGUUCGAGAUGUCCUUGAAAAAACUAAAUCUAGAUUAGUUAUUAAAGCCGGCUGGAAGAUUGCCGGGAACGUAUUCGCCGAGUUUGCUCGGUGGAACCGCACCAUUCCCAUGACCACUUUUCUGGUCGAUGCAGGCGAAAGCGACUCGAAUGAACAACUAAGGGCCCACCUUUCGUAUUUUGUCAAUCUCGCAGCAAAGAUGAAUGUCGAUAAUAUCCUGGCGAAUGUCAAAUCUGUCAACUGCCUGGAGACGAGUGCGAUUCUCUCGGAGAAUGGCUCUCCUGGAAUAUUUCUUUUGUUAUCCGCUCUCGCCUUUAAAGUUCGGCUGGUCAUCGAGCUAUCAGAAAGUCAGAAGAAUAGUGCGGCGGAUGCUUGGUCUGAUCUGGCGAUUGCAUUAGGAGGUCUCAGUAGAUGGCUUGAUUCGACUUUAAGCAAGACUUCGUCAAGCGACCCUUCGAGCUUCUUUAAAACUCAAAUGGGCCCACAGGCCACUUUAUCUGAAGCAGUGCACUGUAUCAAAGCUGGCCUGCAGAUGAACUCCUUCAGUUCCGGAGCCUGGAAUACCCUCGGUGUCUUAACCUUCAAUCUUAAUCCCAGGCUCUCUCAACAUGCAUUUAUCAGAUCCGUCGAGCUUGUGCCGAAGAACCAUAUCGCUUGGACUAACCUUGGCUUCUUCUAUGUGACCCAUUCUGACUUGGACCUGGCGAACCAAGCUUUUGAAAGAGCUCAGUUAAUCGAGCCCGACUGGUCGUUAUCUUGGAUGGGCCAAGGUUUGAUAGCUUCUCUAAAUGGCCAACAACAAAAAGCCGGCGAGCUGGUUGAACAUGCUUACAGUCUGUCUCUUGGAAGUAUCACUACAAUCGAGUCUUGUUACGCCACGGUUACGUUGAAGACGUUUACCAACGAUGCACCAAAGUCGUCACAGCACACCAGCACGCUGAUUGCUCCGAUGUUAGCUGCCGAAAAGUUAUUGAAACGAUAUCCGAAGGAUCCAACUUUCUUGAAUCUGCAUGCGCUUAUUUCAGAAUGUUUAGGAAACUUCGACGAGGCUGCUCAAAGUUUGGGAAAAUCAGCCGAGCUUUUGGAGGCAGUCUACGAAGUGACAGAGUCAACUGAAGUUGAACGACGGUACAUGUUGGCAAACUUGAAUUUAGGUCGAAUUCGGUUGCGUCAAAAAGAUUACGAAGAAGCUAUCAGUGCACUGGAGACAGUUCUUAGCUUGAGGCCUCCAUUUGAUAAGAAUACCGAAACAAUCGAAUGUGCUCUUCAAUCAACAGUGAUCCGAGUCCAAGCGGCCUGUCAGAUCGCAAUGGCCCGAUACUUUUCACAAGAUGCUGAACAGUGUCUGGUUGGCCUUGACAAAGCUCUUCGUGAAUUGCACGGUAUUCAGCUGGACGAAUCAUUAGGACUUUCUAAAGAGUUGGCGCCCUAUUCAUCUGCUGUAUCAGGAAUCAUUGCCAGGGUACUCUGGGCACAAUCAAAGGAAUCGAAAGCUAAAGAAAUGAUAUCAGACGUGAUUUUAAAGAAUUCAUCCGAAAAGUUCAUCGAUUACGAUUUGAUCAAUUCCUUGUUGGCCAUUACAAUUCUUGAAGGAGGAUCGGACGAAGCACUCCAGACGGCUCUCAACACCACAGAUGAAUCCAAUGGCGAAUCAACGGAACAAAGUCUGGGGAGCGGGGAACAAGUGCCAGUCCAUGAGUCGAUGGAUGAAGCCCAGAUUCAUAGGAAGGCCAACGUAGAAAUCAUAUCAAGACUUGAAGAAUUGAUUCUCCGAACUACACGGAACAAAAGGAUCACGCGGGAUACCAAAUCAGAAACCAACACGAUACUCAACUUUUUGGAGUUCACGAUCAAGUUAUUAGACGAGCGCCCAAGCCACAAUGGACAUGCUUUCGUCAAAUCCUUCGAGACUGUCAAGGAGAUUUUGGGCAGCUGCAUUAGGGAAGUGAGGGAAACUGAGGCCGACAAGCAAUUGAUUAAACAGCGAGCUAUCAUUUUCAAAUCUUUUGAUGAGCAACUCGCCGUUUCGGAUCUCGCCGCAAGCAAUGAAGAUCAUUCCGACCAUCCAGGGGGCCAGACUGGGGAUUUCAUCGAUGAAACUACGAUCUCUUUGGCUGAUCAGUUGAAUUUCCUCGUUUAA